GCUAUGAUGAAUUCAUUGAGUGACAUCCCUGACUGUCGGAGAACACUCCAUUUGUUACGGGUUUACCCCCAGUCUUCUUUGCGUCAAAAGCCAUCCAUACUCGGUCAGCCCCAUAGAAGGUACGUGGAAGAACAGAAAGAUGCUUCAAAGGAGGAGGAAGUUGACGAUUUUCCAAUGGAAAGAAAAUUGAGCGAAGACAUAGGCGUGUUACAUUUGGAAAAGGAGAAAAUGGAACAAGGUUCUGACGACUUGGAGAAAUCUGAAGAAAUCCAGCCGAAUUCUGAGCACCACCCUCCUAGUGCUGGCUCCUUCUUACCUUCUGAACGAAACCUCCAACUGCCUUCCUCCAAUCAUCCUCAGGAGCAACCCAUGCCACAACUAAUAUCACAACAUCCGGAAACGGUGUCUUCCGAUAGUCAUAUCGAGUCCACAUCCGAAGAGGAAAAACAAAUCCAUCAAGAAGGAAUUACAUCGUAUCCGGCAGGAUCCUUUGGCCCACAUAUGCCUUUACCAUUGAAUUUUAAUUCCUAUCUCAUGCACUAUCCACAAAAUUCUCUAAUGCCUCAAUUCUACCCAGGCUUACCUCUUCGAAUGCCAUCAGCUGAAUUCCAACCAGACUUACAUGUUAAAAUGCCAAUAGCACCUGACUUGCAUCAAGGAUACGCAAUAGGGCAAGAAACGAGGACACUCGGACCUCUCCAAUUUUGGAAGUAUGGUUUUAUUGGGAACCAACAAGUACCUUCCACAGGACCGAUUGAUCCAAUUUCAGACAACAUGCCGGACAAUGAAGGGAGGGAGAAAAUGGAGUUGUCACUGGCUCAAAAAAUGAAGGAAACGAGCAGGAACAUUGAUGGAUUCAUUCACCAGCUUCCGAUGAGGGAAACCUUGAGAGAUGACAAUCAUCGUUUAGCGAAGUAUGAGAUUGGCGAAGAAGGACCCACAUAUGAAUCAGGAAGGGUUCUCAUGCUCAUUGGAGCCACGGGGACAGGGAAGACUACACUUAUUAACGCCAUGGUGAAUUACGUCUAUGGAGUGAAAUGGGAAGACAAUUUCCGAUUUAAGAUUAUCUUGGACGAAGGCGGAAAAAAAUCUCAAGCCCAUAGCCAGACCCGGUCGAUCUCGGCGUACGUCUUACACAAGCAAGAAGGAUUCGCUAUUCCUUAUACAUUGACCGUCGUCGAUACGCCCGGGUUCGGCGAUACCGCAGGCAUCAAAGCAGAUGAAGACUUGAGAAUUCAAAUCAAGAAUUUCUUCUCUUCCGGCGGGACCAUCGGCAUGGAUCAGCUUCAUGGUAUCGGAUUCGUUGUCCAAGCUUCCUUGGCCAGGCUUACCCCCACUCAAAAAUACAUAUUCAACUCAAUAUUGGCCGUUUUCGGAAAAGACGUAGAGAAGAGCAUCUAUGUAUUGACUACUUUCUCGGACUCCGAAAAAGCACCAGUUUUGGCCGCCAUCCAGGAAGCCAGCAUUCCAUACAGAGAGCAUUACAAAUUCAGUAACUCCGCCUUCUUUGUGAACCCCUCAGAUGACUCCGAUUCAAAGAUUUUGAACACAUUUUUCUGGGAUCUGGGAAUGAAAAGCUUUCAGAAUUUCCUCUUGAGUUUCGUAGAGUCCGACCCUGUGAGUCUGACUAUGACGAAAGAGGUCCUGGAGGAAAGAGAACGCUUGGAAGCAGCGCUCGCGGCCAUCUUACCGCAAAUUCGGAUAGCAAAAGGAAAUAGCUUGACUGCAAAGGAGCUUCUGGAAGAACUCAUCAAGGACUUCAAUCAGGAGAGGGUCAAAGUCUUGGAACUGACAAGAGAGGCGCACAAAUGCAAGCAGAAGCUCGAAGAAAUAGCAUUGAAUCCUAAUCCACUUGGUAUCACAGAUUACAUCGAUUUGUUGAUUCAGAGAGAGACACAAGAAGGAAAACCUGGCUUCCUGCAGAGGAUUAAAUACCUGGAAGAUGCGAAGGAGAAAGCAGAAUUGGCCAAGAAGCUCAAGGACGGUUUUGACCCAUUCCAGGUGUACAGGAAAGAGUUCGAAGAGAAGGGAAUCGAUAUAUCUGCCUUCAAUCCGAAUCCAGAUCAGGAUCGCUCAAUAAUAUCACGUCUUAAAGGAGUAUUCAAGGGAGUCAAGGACAAGUUUGCUUUUGUUGAACAUGACCUCCUACGAAUGGAUAAUGAGGGAUAUGAUAAAGGAAACGUGAAGUCCCUAUUUUAUAGGCCAUUGAGAGAAAGCGCUGCACCUGUGCAAAGUUCAUCUUCCAUUUUCAAGAAAGAGGUUACAAGAUUAGAGUGA